AUGUUGAGAGCAGGAAAAAUGAAUGAAAUUGCUGAAGAAAUAUUGAAAUAUAAGUUUGAUUUGGUUGCAUUGCAAGAGGUGAGAUGGAAAGGCCAAGGAAGAAUUGAUAAAAGCAACUACUCUCUCCUGUAUAGUGGUCCAGAGCAACGAACUGGGAUGUUCGGAACAGGGUUCAUUGUGGCUAAGAAAUUGAGAGGAGCCCUGAUGGAGUUCGAAGCAUUAAAUGAGAGAAUGUGUCGAGUAUGCCUUAAGGGAAAAUUCAGAAAUGUUUCUGUUCUGUCAGUCCAUGCUCCCACGAACGAGAAAAAUAUUGCUGAAAAAGAAGUAUUCUAUGAACAAUUGGAAGAAGUAUGUGCUGAAAUAUCUAAAUAUGAUCAAUUAAUCUUUAUGGGAGAUUUCAAUGCCCAGAUUGGAAAGGAAAGUUACUUACAACAAGUGGCAGGGAAGUAUACUCUUCAUGAAAAAACAAAUGAGAAUGGGUUUCUUCUUGGUCAGUUUACCAUCAGAAAUGACAUGCAAAUUAGGAGCACUCAAUUCCCACAUAAGAGUAUUCAUCUUGGAACUUGGAAAUCACCAGAUGCAACAACAAUCAAUCAGAUUGAUCACGUGAUAGUUGACUCCCGUAAUGCAUCAUCAAUCAUUGAUGUAAGAAGCUGUAGGGGACCUAAUUGUGACUCUGACCAUUUCAUUGUGAAGGUAGUAGUGAGACAGAGGCUGUCAAUGCUGGCGGGUAAACAAAAGGUUGUGCCUAUAAGAUGGGAUGUUGAAAAGCUGAAGAGUGAAAGAGUCCGUAGUGAAUACCUCAGACUAAUACAGGCAAAAACUUUGAGCUCUUCAGAAGCAGAUGGUGUUGAAGAAGUAUGGACAAAGCUAGCCAAUGGCCUGAAGGAAGCAGCAAAUGAAGCAAUUGGUCAGAAAAGAUGGAAAAGGAAUGAGGGAUGGUACGAUAAUGAGUGCAGGGAAGCAAUUAGAGAGAAGAAUGAAGCCAGAUCUCGAAUGAUACAACGAGAAACAAGAAGAAAUUAUGAAGAUUACAAGGAAAAACGAAGAAUUGCCAAUAGAACAUGCAGGACAAAGAAAAGAGAAGCUUUGAACAAACAGUUAGAAGAAAUUGAAAGCUUAUAUAAACAGAAUGAGACGAAAAAGUUCUAUAGAGCGAUGGAAAGAAUAAAUAAAGAAUAUAGACCAAGAAUUAUUUCAUGCAAGGACAAAAGAGGGAGAGUUUUGAAUGGAGAGGAUAAUAUCAUGGAGAGAUGGGCAGAGCAUUUCAGAGAACUGUUAACAGUAACAGAUAUCAAUGAGGAGAAUGUACAUGAAGGAACAGGGGAGCCACUUAGUAUUGAAGCGGAGUUUGUUGCAGGGCCAACAUUAGAGGAAACAGAAAUGGCUGUAAAGCACCUAAAGAAUGGAAAGGCAGGUGGCCAAGAUAAUAUAUUGGCAGAAAUGAUAAAGUAUGGUGGUGAUGACACAGUCAAGAGAAUACAUGAGCUGAUAAGUAUGAUAUGGAGAGAUGAAACUAUGCCUCAAGAUUGGAACAUAGGGCAGGCGGAGUAA